UAUACAAACAAGAGAAAAGUUUUCAGCUGAUAAAAAGCUGCAUAUGUGAUGGAAUCUGCCGCUUUUUGCCAUCACGCUAGUCAUUUUAUUAGAACUAUAGUGUUUUUAGUUAUUAUAGCGUUACCUUCAAAUACCUCAGAAACAUCCUGGUACCAGGGUUGUGUCCUUCCGGAUGGCGAGAGCUUCAACCUCCAGAUCAGCAAUGCCUCCUCACCAGCUCUCUGCAGUGCGGCCUGUCUCGCACAGGGGUACGAGUAUGCCGCUGUCCAUGGUGACAGUCAGUGUGGAUGUCUCCAUCAGCUUAGCAGGCUAAAGCUUGUGCAGAGCGUGUCAUGCAAUGUAAGCUGCUCGUCAUUCCCAAAUUUGGCGUGCGGCGGCGCCACGGGUUGGUCGGCGUACUCGACCAGCGCCCUCUACCUGCUGAAUGUGAGCGUGCGUGCGGAGCGCCGGGUCGUGAUGGGAGAGAGGACGGUGUUGGAGGCCGAGGCCAGGCUCGCAGCCGCGGCAGUCAACGGCAGCAGAGAAGUCGAGAACGGAAUGGCCGACGUCUCGUUCGUCUGGAGCGUAGGUGGCGCCGCCGUGCCAUCCCGCGCGCCUCCAGGCAGCAGUCGUGCCGUCUCACGUCUGAUUCGCCGCUUUGACGAGCCGGGCAACUACUCUGUCGGCACAAAGACGAGCGGCGGUGACGUCGGUCCGGUGACGUACAGCUUCGGUGACGGCACGCUGGUGACGUCAUCGUCGACGAACACCGUCAGUCACGUCUACGACAGCGUCGGCAUAUACGAACUGUCGGCACACCUAGAGGGCGUCGCCGCUGCUCUGCCGUCGGUCGUCAGCGUACAGGCUCCGAUAGAGGGACUGCAGAUUCACGGCCCGUUGGCCGUCGAGAUGGGAAGUGCGCCGGUACACAGUCGAUGGGAGGCCGUGGUGGAGAGUGGUUCAGACAUACUCUACACGUGGGCGGUGAACGGCACCGUCACUCAGUCUCCGUACAACACGUUUUCACACGUGUUCCACGAGACAGGAGUCUUCCGCGUCUCCGUGAGCGGCGAGAAUGCCCUCGGCUCCUCCCCGUCGCCGCCGGCAACCGCCAUCGUUCACGUGCAGCGACCAAUCGUCGAGGUGCGCGUCGUCGCCCCGGCAACCGCGCUGCGGGGUCGCGACGUCGAGGUCGUCGUCGAGGUCGUCGGCGGCGGCAACGACCCUAUCACCGUGACGACGACGUACGUCGCUCCCUCCGCGUGCGCGCGUACAACCGCGUGA